UAUAGCUCAGCCUCCUUCUCUUUCUCUCCCUUUCUUCUUCUUUCACGAGAAAGAAAGAGAGAGAUACACACAAAAGACAAUAUCUCUCUCACCAUUGAUAGCCUGAGACCUAUGUCACAUUAGGCAGCACACUUUUUCAUAUUCAGAUUGAGAUUAAGUAAGAAAAUGGCGGAAGAGGUGCUGCAAUUCAAUGUGGCGUCAAUGGUGGAAGAUGUGCUCCAGCAGCACGGCAAGAGACUUGCCAACACCGAUAAUCUCGCCUCUAGCAAAGCUGAAGAAGCUUCAUUGAGAAGAUACGAGGCGGCGGAAUGGGUGAGGAAGAUGGUAGGGGUGGUUUUGGGAAAAGAUUUGCCUGCAGAGCCCUCUGUAGAGGACUUUAGAAUUGGAUUGAGAAGUGGCAUUAUUCUUUGCACUCUUCUUAACAAGAUCCAGCCUGCUUCUGUCCCAAAAGUAGUUGAAGCACCUGUUGAUACUGUCAUAAUUCCUGAUGGUGCUUCCCUCACCACAUUCCAAUACUUCGAGAAUGUGAGGAACUUCCUCGCCGCCAUACAGGAUAUGGGGAUUCCCACUUUCGAAGUCUCUGAUUUGGAACAUGGAGGGGACUCAUCCCGGAUUGUGAACUGCAUCGUUGCUCUCAAGUCAUACCAUGAGUGGAAGCAGGCCGGUGCCAAUGGUGUCUGGAAGUUCAGUGGAAACCCGAUGCCUUGCAUCACUGAUGACAUUUCAUCCGCUGAUCUUAGUGAAAUGGGCACGUCUUCUUCAUUUCAAAGGCUCGUGCGCGAGCUUCUUGCUGAUAAGAGUGCAGAAGAAAUCCCUAUUAUUUUGGAGAAUAUUAUAAGUGAAGUUAAGGAAGAGUUUGAGCGCAGGCUGGAAAAGCAAACUAUAUUAAUUAGCACGGGUUUGCAAGAUAAGGUCGUUCCAACGGGUAAGGAGAAGAAGGAUGCGUACGCAGAGAUCGGAGCAACUUCACAGGAUGAGAGCGACUCGACCUCAUGCAUGAGUACGGAGAUUGAGGCGACGUCAACUAUAAGAAAACCAAACGGUGGAGCUGGAAAAAAUUUCUGCAACGAGGCUUCCGGUACUCUUUCCUUGAACCAUCAAGAUCUCCAGCACAGGACUGUGGAGGAACUAAGGAAGAUCCUCUACUCGACAAAACAAGGCAUGCACAUGCUCCAGCUCAAGUAUCAAGAAGAUGUUGAUAGUCUAGGUAAACAAGUCGUGCGCCUAGCUACCCAAGCUUCUGGAUACCAGAAGGUUCUUGAAGAGAACCGGAAGCUGUACAAUCAAGUGCAAGACCUGAAAGGAAACAUCAGAGUGUACUGCCGUGUGCGCCCUUUCCUACCUGGGCAGGCCAAUGGGUUGAACAUAUUAGACGAGAUAGUUGACAACACGCUCACUAUCCAAUCAAGUGCGAAGCAUGGAAAUGGGAAGAAAACAUUUACUUUCAACAAGGCCUUUGGUACAAACUCAACUCAAGAGGAAGUAUUUGCAGAUACCCAGCCACUGAUCCGGUCAGUCCUUGACGGAUACAAUGUCUGCAUAUUUGCUUACGGCCAAACUGGAUCAGGAAAGACCUACACAAUGGUGAGAAUCGAACUUGUGUUUGAGCCAGGGCUAAUCAACGCGCCUUCGUGCUAUAUUUCUCAAACACUUUUUUAUCUGCAGACGGGGCCGAAGGAGCUGACAAAGGAAAGCUUGGGCGUAAACUACAGAGCAUUGAGCGAUUUAUUUGAAAUCUCUGAAGAGAGGAAAGACAUGAUUGUUUACAACAUCUACGUCCAAAUGAUGGAAAUCUACAAUGAGCAGGUCCGAGAUCUCCUUGUGACAGAUGGUGGCAACAAGAGAUUGGAGAUCCGCAAUAACUCCUCCAAUGGCAUCAAUGUUCCGAAUGCAAAUCUAGUGAAUGUGACCUCCACGUCGGAUGUCAUCGACCUCAUGAACCUCGGCCACAAGAACCGCGCAGUGGGCUCCACCUCCAUGAACGACCGGUCCAGUCGGUCCCACAGUUGCCUGACAGUUCAUGUCGAAGGCAAGGACUUGACAUCGGGCACGACUCUGCGGGGGUGCAUGCAUCUGGUGGACCUGGCCGGGAGUGAGAGAUGUGACAAAACAGACGCGGUUGGGGAGAGGUUGAAGGAGGCUCAGCACAUCAACCGAUCUCUGUCUGCUCUAGGAGAUGUGAUCGCUGCUCUAGCUCAGAAGAACGCUCAUGUUCCCUACCGCAACAGCAAGCUCACACAGCUGCUUCAGGACUCACUCGGAGGGCAGGCCAAGACUCUCAUGUUCGUCCACAUCAGCCCGGAGCCAGACUCUCUAGGAGAGACGCUCAGCACUCUCAAAUUCGCGGAGCGUGUCUCCACUGUGGAGCUUGGUGCGGCUAAGUCCAACAAGGACACCUCCGCCCCUGAGGUCAAGGAGCUCAAGGAACAGAUUGCGAUGCUGAAAGCGGAAUUGGCACGAAAGGAAGAAGCUGCCAACAACCCGGGCAGCCCUACAUCAGCAUCGGUAUUGGCACGAAAGGAAGAAGCUGCCAACAACCCGGGCAGCCCUACAUCAGCAUUGAAAUUGACACGAAAGGAAGAAGCUGCCAACAACCCUCGCAGCCCUACAUCAGCAUUGAAAUUGGCACGAAAGGAAGAAGCUGCCAACAACCCGCGCAGCCCUACAUCAGCAUCGGUAUUGGCAAUAAAGGAAGAAGCUGCCAACAACCCGGGCAGCCCUACAUCAGCAUUGAAAUUGACACGAAAGGAAGAAGCUGCCAACAACCCGGGCAGCCCUACAUCAGCAUUGAAAUUGGCACGAAAGGAAGAAGCUGCCAACAACCUGCGCAGCGCUACAUCAGCAUCGGUAUUGGCACGAAAGGAAGAAGCUACCAACAACCAGGGCAGCCCUACAUCAGCAUCGAAAUUGGCACGAAAGGAAGAAGCUGCCAACAACCCGCGCAGCCCUACAUCAGCAUCGGUAUUGGCACGAAAGGAAGAAGCUGCCUACAACCCGGGCAGCCCUACAUUAGCAUCAGUAUUGGCACGAAAGAAAGAAGCUGCCAACAACCUGGGCAGCCCAAAAUCAGCAUCGGUAUUGGCACGAAAGGAAGAAGCUGCCAACAACCCGGGCAGCCCUACAUCCAGUUUAUGUUGGAAGAAAGAGGAUCAGAGCAACUUCUGUUCAAGAAGGUUCAGUUUGGACAGCCAAGACGCAUGGCCGACGAUUCAGGAAGCGGUUUCAAGUCCUAGUAGAAGGCAGUCUCUGGCCUCACCAGUAAACACAAGGCACAGUCUAGACCAAAAUUACAUUCAGAAAUCCACCAUGGUCGCAUCGAAGCUCAAACAUCCCGUCGCCAAGCCGGUCAAGCCCCAAGAGACCAGGUGUCAGAUUCCUCAGUCAAGUGGGAGGGUCCGAGGCCAUUCUCCGUUGAACAAAGCUGCACGGCCAACGUCAACACUUGUGAGGCGAAAGACGGCCGGUGGGAAAUGAGGGGAGCUAUAGCUAUUCACUGCAAUGAAGCUAACUUUAUUCUUGCUGCCUGUUUUUUGGAGCUUCUCGUUUUCACUACACAUGAAUUUAGUGUUGUUUAGAUGGAGUGAAGAAGAUGAAAUUUUCUAUUCCUUUUUACAUCAACAAUUUAUACUGACCAUUUUCAUCUUGUAAAACUCGCUUAGGGAUACUACAUUUAGCUGCGCCACUGUUGUUGCACAUAAUUAAGCUUUUCUUGUAACCACUGUUAAUAUGAUGGAGUAUAUCUAUA